AUGUCAGCCAGUAAGCUCACGAGGCGAGCAACGCCAACCAAGGAGACUCUUCAAACUCAAACAUCUUCCUCGUUGUCGUCGUCGUCUCUGCGUAUCCGCGACAAUCAGCGUCGCUCGCGCGCCCGACGGAAAGAAUACAUCCACGAUCUCGAGCAGCGACUACGCGCGUUCGAGGCUGCGGGUGUCCAGGCGACGCAGGAAGUCCAAGCCGCGGGGCGAAGGGUUGCAGCGGAGAAUGCUCUCCUCCGGUCACUGCUACGGCUGCGUGGUAUUUCUGAUCAGGAGGUUGAGGGGUAUCUGGCAGGGCAUAGGGCGGACUUUGACGCGCUGCCUGCUGCCGUUCCGCCGGGAGCUGGACCGAUGCCGAAGGAGCGGUCGCACGUGGAGGGUCGCGAGUCCGAGUCUCUAGGUCCAACUGGCAUCUCUGAAACCGAGACUCCCUGGCAACCAACACCAACACCAACCUCAUCCGACGGCGAGCGCAGAGAGCGGAUGGCCUCUCUCCCAGCCACGGAUCCGCAGGUGGUCGAUUCUGAGCGGCCUGUUCCAGUCAGCUCUCUCAUUCAUGACAUUUCGAAUCCACAGCCAUCGCUCUGUGCCAAUGGCAGCUCGGGGCAGUCUACUCCAUGCGAAACGGCAGCCAGGAUCAUCACGUCUAUGCGCAGCUGCACCGAUGCGCGGGAUGUGCGCUCGGAGCUGGGAUGCGAGUCGGGUGCCGAGUGUAUGGUUCGUAACAUGGAUAUAUUUCAGCUACUGGAUGGAUGAUGGUUACAGUGAUACUAGAGUUGCGAUUGUUUCUGUCCCUUGAGAACAUACUACUACUUUCAAGUAGACAACUACGAUAAACAAGUGACUUCACACAUUAGGAAUCCAGG